GACAGAUGACACUUUUGAGAUCGAGAAAAGAGGAUUCUGGGAUAUAUUUGUGUAAAGCUGAAAAUCUUCUUGGAUCAGUUAUGAAAGGAACAAUUCUUAUUGUUGUUGGGCUGCCAAGAUUCACUAUAAAACCACCUACAUCACUCGUCACCUUUCCUGGAAAAACUAUUCGCCUAAAUUGUAGUGCUACAGGAGAGCCUAAACCAGUCAUAACAUGGAGAAGAGAAAAUGGUGUUCUUCCUAUUGGCAGGCAUGAAGUAAGAGAUGGCUCUUUGAUCCUCAAAGAUUCAAAAACAACAGAUUCGGGUGUGUUCGUUUGUACUGCAACAAGCGCUGGUAUUUCCCACAAAGAAUCAAAAUCAACUAUCAAGGUUUACUUUAGAGAUUGUUCGGAAAUCUUCCAAUCAGGAGAGAGACGUAAUGGCGAAUACACAGUGAAUCCUGACAACCAACGUAGCUUCCAAGUGUACUGUGACAUGACAACUGACGGUGGGGGGUGGACUGUGUUCCAGCGUCGUAAAGACGGAUCGGUCGAUUUUUAUCUCAAUUGGCAGCAAUACAAAACAGGUUUUGGAAACCUGAAUGGCGAGUUUUGGUUGGGUAACGAUUACAUCCAUCGACUGACAGAGAGAAUAGCAUCAAGUCUUCGCGUAGAAAUCGGGGACUGGGACGGAUCUCGGAAGUAUGCCAAAUAUGGCAGUUUUAGUGUAGGUGAUGAAUCAGACAAGUACAGGUUGAGUGUUGGCGGGUAUUCGGGUACAGCUGGAGACUCAAUGGCAUAUAGUAACAACUGGGCUUUUACCACCAAAGAUAGAGAUAACGAUGUUACUGGCGGUAAUUGUGCAGUUCUGUACACCGGUGCGUGGUGGUAUGGAGCCUGUGCAAACUCUAAUCUUAAUGGAAAGUAUUUAGGAAACGUAGUUAAGCGGGGUGGCUUAUAUUGGUACCAUUACAAAAAUAAUGCUCAGUCUUUCAAAACAAGUGAAAUGAAGUUUCGACCUCAAAACCAUAAAUAAGUAGAUCAUUGUCAUGGAAUGAUAGACUCUGCUGUGUUUCCAGCUACGUCACUGCUGGGUUUUCAAUGCAUUGUGGGAUCAGUUUCUAGAGAAAACAAAAAAAAAAAUCCACUAUGUUACGUUGUAACCCAAUCCUGCAAUGCAUUCUUUAUAUGGUAUACGUACGUAACGUAAAGGCUUCAGAGAUCUAUUGAUAUAUAGCAUGUGAUCUGAUGAUGUCCGUAUGUCAGAGCUCAAAAAUAAAACUUGCAUGUUUUUUUGUUUUUUUCAAUAAGAAAUAGAGCAAUAUAGAAAAUAUGUUUAUCCACAUCAUCAAAUGCAACGUAUGUCUUUUCGUUAUGCAAUAGAUUUAUUUGUAUUAAUAUUAUUAUUUUGAAGGUGAUUUUCUGACUGAUAUUAUAGUGUAGAACACAGGAGAUCCGCGACAUUAAAACCAACUGCAUGAGGGUGUAAAAUGUGAUUAAAUACAAUAUUUAAGCAAAGUUAAACCAACACCAGCCACUUAUCGCUAGGUUAUGCGUAACGCGGCUUACGCGCCUGCUGUGCUGUCACACAACGAUUUACGCAUCACGUGUGAUACGCUAACUUCACGCAAAGUUUUCUUAGUACGUCAUCUGAAAAUUUGGGUUGUGCUGUGCUCUUCUCACCUCCCAACUAAGCACCAACGCCAAGCUCAUCUACUGGUGAUGAGUUUCCAUGUGUAGUAAACAGGUUGGGAAAUUGGGGAAGAAAGCAAGUUACUUUUCAUUUUUUUCAUGUAACUUGAUGAAACAGUCUAAAUAAUUUAUAAUAAUUCAAUAUAUAUGUGAUUGAAAGUGAUUAAAGUUUUUUAAAGUUUUAAA